GCCCGCAGGCGCGCCGAAACCACAGCUUUGCCACCAACACAACCGAAAGGAAAUUUAACACUUAAGAAGGAAUACACGAUUACAUCCUCAAUGUUGAAUAAAUUUAAAAAGUUAAAUAUAAUGAGAUUCCAUAGCAGUCAACCAGUGGAUAUAACAAAAUUUACAGUUCCAGUAAAACUUCAAAGACGAGAUCCUGAUGCGCCUCAGCAACAAACGCUGAUAUUGAAUCGUCCGAAUCCAAUUAUUCCGGGCCCUUCUAAAGCGGCGCAACAAAACUCAACACCAGCACCUACAAGCGGAGCUGAUGCAUCCCUCAUCGCGCCAUACGCUGGUGCAAGGCAUAACAAAAAGAAUCUCUUCAAAAAAAAAACAACUCAGAUAUUCUUGGCUGAUGAUAGUCAAAGGAAGCUUAAAGCUGAAGAGAAACUACCGUGGGUUCUGGAAGAUUAUGAAGGUAUUACAUGGAUUGGUGAAUAUGAAGGUGGUGAUAGUGCAAAAUAUGAUAAUGAUAGAUGGAUGAUGAGAUCAUGGGGUAAAUCUAAAAAUGAAGAUUUAGCUGUAGGAGAAGGGGGAAUAUUUGAUCCAAAAUCUGCCAUGAAGGUAGUUGAAGGAGAAGAAGCAUUAAUCGGAUCAGAUGAAGAAGCAAGAAUUCCUUCUAGGGAGGAAUAUGAUGAAGAAGAGGUAGAUUUCGAAGAAGUCUUUGAGGAUGAUGAGGAAGAAUUGCCUGAUGAUGCAAAUCCCCUUAUUGAUGACGAAACUAAGGAAGUUAGUAAGAUGAAAAGGAAGGUAACGGGUAAAGACACGUAUGAACUCAACGAAUCUGAUGAUGAUGAUAAAUUGACGAACGAAGGAAAGCAACUCAAAAAAUUGCUAAGAACUGCGGAAAAUAACGAUGCCUAUGAAAGUGAUCGUGAAGAUAAUCCAUAUUUUUCAGAAAGUGAAGAUUCAGAUUCAGAAGAAUCAUCGUCACCUCAAACAAAGCCUCCUGUAACGCCAGCCGCAAAACUUGACAAAGCCCCAGAAAAAAAACCCUCCGAGAAGGGAAAGCCACCUAAAACAAAAGUACUAAAACCUAAAACUACGUCCCCUAAACCAAAAGUUGCAAAAAGCAAAUCACCCAUAGCAUUAAAACAAAACCUUACCGUCACCAAACCUACAAUUGGCGAUAAAGGUAAUAAUAUUACGCCUGCAGCAUCUACUAGUAUUCCGUCGAGUAGUGUUUCGACAAUCCCAUCCAAACUUAAAAUGGAGAGACCUAGCAGUCCAAUAAUCGAAGGUUCCAGUGCUCAAAAGACCCAAACUUCUGUUUCUACAAGGAGUUUGCCUCAGAAACCUAAUAAAAUGGUAAAAGUUCCUUCGAUCGAUUCAAAGCAAGGAAUCACUAAAGUAGCAGCCAAAAAGGUCGGUGGACCUAAUCAAGCCACACAACCAAACCGUACUCGUCCUGCCGAGUCUAGUUCUAAAUUGGCAACUUCUUCUUCCGUAAAACGACCGAUAACUUUGGAUGCAACAGAACAAUACGCAAUUAAACGCAUUAAAACUGUCGAUACUAAAAUCAAUAAAUCUCGCACAUCUGAUAUUGAAUCAAGUAGUAUAACAAAUAGUUCUACUGUAAAACGUCUAAAGCGUGAUGAACCUGUGACAACAGCCAGUGCUCCUAUUCAAAAUGUAAAACGAAUACGUCCUUCCGAUCCUAAAACAAGUGUUGAUGCUGUCAAGAAAACUAAACCAGCUCAAAGCACUUCAACUUCUACCGGGUCAUCGAGUCGUGCAACGGUACCAAGCCCUUCUACAAGUGUAGGCAACAGCUCUCGGUUGAUUUCGGAAGGAGAAAUCAAGAGGCUUAUUGAAACUAAACAAGUAAAGGUUGCUGAUGUUAUUAAGGCCUUCAAAAAAAGGAUUAAUGAGGACUCUCGCAAUAAAGAUCUUCUUCUUAACAUUACAAAGAAAAUCGCUCAUUAUAGAGAUGGGUAUCUUGUUUUAAAAUCACAAUGA